GGCAGCAACACCCCGAGAAAGCCGCCUGUGUGCUGCAGGUGAUGUGCUGGUGAGCUGCCACAGACCCUACAGAUCCCGUCCCACGCACGGCAUCGGGAGGUUCAAAUACCUGCUCCCAAAGGAGACUCCAAAGAAGAAAAAGGACAGAGUCCAGAUGAAAGAGAUAAAUGUUGGGACCGAACAUGAGUAUGGAGAUGUCAACAUCCAGAUGACUUCCUACGAUCUGUGUCUUGUGGAGCAUUUUGCUCAGUAUGUGCAUAAUCUCUGCAACCGACUGUCCAUCAGGGUGAAGGAAAGCUACGCGAUGCCCACCAAAACCAAUGAAGUGCUGUUCCUGGAAGAGCGAGGGUCCAAAAUGCAGCUGGACGCCGUCCUCACCACCCAUCAGAGGGUUGUCCAGAUCAGCGGUUUGAGUUCAACGUUUGCGCCGAUACUCUUGGAAGUUCUUCAGAGCAGCCAGCCCGAGGGGGUCCACCUGGCAGUGAAAGAGCACACAGAAGCUGACUUCAAGAGCCGAUUAAAGUCCCGACCAGAACUUGAAGAGCUGCUAGCACAGAUGAACUGA